AGGCUGGCUGUUGGGGAAAGCGCCGCCCGGCAUGAGGAAGCAGCGGCUGCUAGGAGGCGAGAGGAAGUGCAGCCUGGUAAGAGGAAGUGGCAGCUGCUGGGCAGCAACAGGAGAUGGCAGCCAGGCCAGCCGCUGAAGUCCCAUUCGAGCAAUCAGUGUUAGCUGAGCUCUUUGACGGAAUGAAGCCAAGUAACCCUGUUAGUUGCCUUCUGCAAUGACCAGCAGACACACGCAGCUACGGAGAGGCAGCCUUUUCGCAUGAAGCCCACUUCUACAACACCAUGUCAAGCAACGACAGUUCGGAUGGCCCACCUUCUACAACAACAGUUAGUUCAGUUUUUGUUCAGGCUGGGGACUGCCAAAUCGUCAUAGCUAUCCUUAAGUGUGGAAAUUGGGUGCAGCUCCAGCUGGCUGAAUCAGUACCAAAUUUAUUGGAAAUUGGCAGCAAUCAAGAAGAGACCAAAAAAUUACUGCAAGAUCAUGAACUUCUCCUGGCUAAACUUAAGCCUAUGGAAGACCAAGUUUGCGACCUGUUACGUGAAGCAGACAAAACUGCAGCAGAAAACAAAGAUCAAGGACAGUUGUAUGAUGCCAUGGCGGAGACACUGGGAGAUGCUUGGGAUUCCCUGGUUGUUGUUCUAGAGAAGCGCAGGAUGCUUUUGAAACUUACUUCAGAUUUUUUUGAAAAUGCCCUGGAGUUUGCUAUCAAAAUCGACCAAGUUGAAGAGUUUCUGCAGAAUUCCCAAGAGUUUGAGAAUACGGAGUCCCUGAAAGCACUCCUGCAUCAGCAUGAACAUCAUACAAAAGAGCUCUUAGAAAAGUCAUUGGUCCUCUUAAACAAAAGCCACGACCUUACUGAAUUCAUAGAGGAAUUCAAAUCUGACGGGCCCAAUGUAAAUCCUGAAUUCAUUCAGGGAGCCCACAGUAGCUGCUUGAAAAUUGACAAUCUGCUUGAAGUUCUCCAAGACAGGCGAAGGCAACUGGACAAAUACCUGAAGCUGCAGCGCCAAGGAUUAGAGCAGGUUCUGCAAAUCUGCCAAUGGCAUCAUCGGGAAAAUCAGAUAACAUCUUGGUACAAGAAGAAUAUUAAAGAUUAUUUACAUAAACAAAAUUUGGGGUCAUCUUUAAAAGAAAAUACAGAGUUACUUCAGGAACACAAGGAAAUGGAAAAUAAAGUUAAGGAGUGGAAUUCCACUGUGGAGGAAUUAAAAUCUGAUGCACUCAAGAUACUUUUUUCAGAGGAGUAUGCUGAAAAAGAUCAUCUCAAGCUUUCAAAUCAAAAAAUAAACCUGCUACAACAGGAGGUGAAUCGUUAUAUGGAGGAAAGGAACACCUUGUUGCAAGAGGCCAAUGACUUCUUAAGUGCAGCAGACAAGGCAUAUGGUGUACUUGGAAAUGCUGAGACCUCUCUUAAGCUCCUUAGCUCUGAAGACUUAAGUUUGCCUACUUUGGCAAUAAGGUAUGAUGAACUUAAGAAAGAAAUUACAGAUGGAUCAGCUGAUGCCCUGCAGAAGGGGGACACCUUGCUUAGCAAAGGAGAUACCCACAGUUCUUGGAUGAUUGGCAUUCAUGAGACAAUAGACUUCAUUCAGAAAAGAGUAGAUGAGUUGAUCAGACUGUGUCUUCCUUACAAAGAACUUGUCUCCAAAAAGCAAGAGUUAACCACCUCCUUGGAUGAUUACAUCAAGAAGGCCUCUACAAAAAUUAAGAACAUUAGCCCAAUACUUUCAGCUGCAAUGAAUCCUGGAUCAUCUGUGCCUGAAUCUGAGGAAGUCCUGAACAAAUAUAUAGAACUGGCAAAUCAAACAAAGGAGAUGGCAAAUGAACUGGAAUUAGCUGUGAGAAUUGCUAAGGAAAUGGAAGAAUUUGAAACCACAGAAGUGGCAGCUUUUUCUAAUAAAACAAACCUUCUAAAAGAAGAACUGGCAACACUUAACAGAAAUAUUAGCUUAAAACUGGAAAUCCUGAAGCAUUACGUAGAAUUUUUGAAGUCUUCAUAUGAGGUCAGUGAUGACACUCAGAAGUUGAAGGAAUUCUAUAUAUCUGAGCCUGUGCAAGAAGACACCGAAACUAAAAAUGAGACAUUGAUGCAGUCAGCUGACAUCCAGUGGCAGACGGUUUUAAAGAAGCUUCUUUCCACUCAAGAUAUGGGGCGUGACUUUUUAAAUUUAGUAAACAUGGUAAAUGACAACCUAAUAUUGAAUGUUGAAAAUGUUGUACAAGUAACUGAACACACUAUUGAUAUUCUGAACAAAGAAAAAGAAGAAUUGACACGACUUUGGACAACAUGGAAACUUAAUAUGAAUCAAGUGAAAUCCAUCAAACAACAAUGUGGGAAAUUCAAUGAGCAAUUUAAAACUACCACAGAAAGCUUAAACACUCUUCAAGAGGCACUCAGGUCUACCACAGCACUUGAUCUUGGAAGUAACCUUUCUGUGUUUGUGGAGCUGCAAAAUAAAUUUAACCAAAUGAAACCACAGUUUCAGCAACUCAAUGCUGAGGUGGAAUACACAUUAAAGUUAUCAGAGCAGCUGAGCUUGAAAGGAGUCCCUGACAUGGAAAAGUCUGAGAAAGUAAGUGAACUCAUUCAUCUCCAUAAGGAGAUAAAGGAAAGGAUGGCAGAAUAUGAUGACAUUUUCAACAAGACAGUCAAAUUCCAUCAUGUCAAGGAGGAACUUGAAGGUCUCAUAAAAUCAGGAGGAUUAGAUAUCCCGGAAAUGAAAGAAGUGCCCAGUGACACACCCCAUGUUAAGAUUCAUUUGAAUAAUGCUCAGGAGAAGCACGCACGUAUCAAGCAUCUGUAUACAUUGGCACUCUCACUUGGAAUGGAUAUAAUUUCAACGGUGCAACAUCCUGAUUCUUCUAAUGUUUCUGUAAAGAACCUACAACAGCAGUUGGACGCGCUUGAAUCUGACAGUGUUAACUGGGGUUCCAAAGCAGAGAAGUAUGAGGAAGAGCUGUCACACAUCCUCCAUUUCUGCACUACAAGAGACGAGAUACAUGAGCUUAGGGAAUCGUUUAAAGACCUCAAAAAGAAAUUCAACAACAUGAAAUUCAACUAUACCAAAAAAACAGAGAAAGCACGAAAUCUGAAGACUCUAAAAAUUCAGAUUCAGCAAGUUGAUACAUAUUCUGAAAAAAUGCAGGUACUGAGAAAGAAGACAGCGAAUCUAAAGAAGAAGAAGAUCUUGGAUUCUUUAGAAACUCUGCCUAGUGACAAAGCUAGUAUACUCUCUGAAUCCAUCAAUGAAUUAGAGAAACAGCUGAGUGAAUUUGGCAAGAUUAUGGAAGACUACAAACAAAAUUUAGAUCUGAUGGAGCAUCUGCAACAGAUGAUGGACGAGUGUCAAUUCUGGUGUGAAGAAGCAAGUGCUACAGUACUUAGAGUUGAAAAAUAUUCAGUAGAGUGUAAAACAAGAGAAGCAGUAGAAAUACUCUACAAGCAGUUCAACAAGUUUAUUGAACCUUUAGUCCCUCAACAAGAAGAAAGAAUCCAGCAGAUUAUUAAUCUUGCCAAAGACUUAUAUGGUUUUGAAGAAGGAAAGAAGUAUGUUGAAAAAAUAAUAGCAAAACACAAGGAAGUUCUUGAUUCUGUCAGUGAACUGUGUAGUUCGUUAACGGAACUUGAAGACAAAUUUGGGGAAGAUCCACUAAAGGGGAAACCCCUCGAUUCUGGUAAUUUUGAUGAUGAGCAAGAAACAGAACGAGAGAGUCCGGAACAGAACAUAAUUAAGGAGGAUAUAAGAGAAAAGGCAAGCGAACCAAAACCACAGGAAGAGAAGAUAUUGGCUGAUAUUUCAGUUAUUUGCCCAGCUGAUGAGGAUUCUGUUUCACAGGACACUGAUUUGUUGUCUCCAGCCAAAGACGAGAGCUUUCAGGCCAAGCUCCUGGCAGAAGAUGCACCCUCUGGAGAUGAAUAUGAGUGUAUAUCCCCUGAUGAUAUUUCUUUGCCACCGCUUUCUGAGACGCCAGAAUCCAACCUUCUGCAUUCAGAAACAGAGCUGGAAGAGCCACCAUGCUGUAGUUCACAUAGUCUGCAUGUCAGCUCCUAUAGCGUGCAAAUGCAGAUAAACGCUGGCAGUAAAAGAAUGACAGAUGAAUCUGAUCCUUUAACCUCUGUUGCUUACGCUGACACGCCUGGUCACAGAAAGGAACAUAUGUCAGAUCAGCUGGGAAGAUUUUCUUCCUCUACGCUAAGCUACCACUCAAAAUGCAAAGAGGAGUCCCCUUUUACUCCUAGUUCACCAGAAAUGCCUGUCCCCGGCACUGCUUCCUGCACGCUCAAGACAAAGCCUGCCUAUUGCAUGCUGAGUGAAGUGUGCGAGACCCAUUUGCAACGCCGUGAGGUCCACAGAAGCAUGACAGAAGCACAGGGAGAAUUGCAUGACAGAAAUAACUCCACUAAAACCCAGGAUAGGCUGCAUGCUCCACCCAAUGCAUUCUCAGGUCUCCUGUUUCAAUCAGACGCCACCAGAAGCUGUCAGAGGCAGAUGGUCACCCGAGAAGAGAUUAAAAGUAUAUCUGAAAAGAACAGCAUGGUCAGCCUAUCUGGACAGGCGCCUAACUUCUCCAAGCUUCUGUCUAAUGUAACUGUCAUGGAAGGUUCUCCGGUGACUUUGGAAGUAGAAGUAACAGGAUUUCCAGAGCCUACACUGACCUGGUACAAGAAGGGCCAGAAAGUGACUGGAGAUGAGCACUUAAAGCUCUCACACAAGGACACAAAGUAUACUAUGCUCAUUCAGAAGGUGUGUGACACAGAUGCCGGCCUCUAUGUGGUUCGGGCUAAAAAUUCUAGUGGCACAGUCUCCUCAAGUGCCAUCCUCCAUGUGCAAGUGCAAGGAAAACAGCCAAACUUCAUCAAACAAUUUGGACAUACAACUCUGCAAGAAGGAGAUGAUUUAAACUUACAUUGCACAAUAUAUGGAAUACCAAGGCCAAAUGUCAUUUGGACAAAAGAUGGCAUUAAAGUGGCAGCAAGAGAAAUUAGUAUUGAGAAAUUAGGGGACACCUAUUACCUUUUUAAAAGAAAUGCAGUCCUUGCUGACACUGGAAAAUAUAUCUGCAUUGCCACUAAUGAAGUGGGGGAGGCAUACUGCUCAGCCUUCAUAAGAGUAAUAGAGAGGAAUAAAAAUGUACAUGUUCCCAGUGUAACUGAGACUAAAUCACAGCAAGAGCAAAGCUAUUUGUCAAGAAAAAAGAAGGCGGCUGCGCCUGAAGCAUUACAAGGUCAGGAUUCGCAUUGCUUGAGAGGUCAAAGGCAAAUGACUAAAACGCAUUCCUUGAGAAAACCAUACAGCUGCCAUUUAACCACCCCAAAGCUACAUCAAGACCACCAGCAGAGGAGUUGGAAGAUGUAGCCUGAGUCACCCAAGCAACAAAAAUACUGGAGAAAUACAGUAAAAGACAUUAGUUUCAGAACCUCCAGAAUUUUCAGAGUUGGCUUCCCAAAGAGCUCUUCAUCAUGUUGCCAGAAUGGUUUAGUAUUACCACACUUCUGUGUAGCAGAUGGUGCACAUUUCACAGAUGUCUCUUGUUUUCAAUUGCCACAAAAGCUUAUUUUAUAUCAUCUGUAAGAGCUUAGAUCAUUGUCUGAAUUAGUGUUCCUUUGAAUUCAGUGAAGGCUUAUACAUUGUUCCAUGAUGAAUUUCCUUCCCUGGCCCAAGGGUUCAGGCUGACAUACACUAUAUAAUCUAGGAGCAGUGUUGUGCAGAACUGCUGAACUGGAGUGCUGAACUGGAGCAGGGAGACCUGGGUUCAAAUUUCCACUUAGCUGUCCCACUGAGUGACUUUCAGUUAGUUACUGUCUCUCAGAACCUCACGGGGUUGUUGUGUGGCUGCCAUGGAAGAGGGGAGGAGACCAUAUGACAUAAUACAGCAAUCAUCCUCAUCAACAUAAUCAUCUCAACCUUAUGAGAUAGAGAGCGUAGCUAGGAGAGGGGAGGCCCAUGUUUGCCCCUCUCCCCAGUGGCCGCCUCAGAGUGAGGGAAAUAAUGAAGAAAAUAGGGAGGGUUGGAGCUGGAGGGCCCUCAGAAGCUUCCGCUCAAUUAUAGCUACACCCCUGAGAGAGAUCAUGCUAAAAAGUAAUAACUAGAACCUUAGGGCUAGCCUAAUUUCACUCACAAAUAACCCAAAUGGUGUUUUGGGACAGGAGCUUUUUCAAGAGUACCAAUAAAACAGGCAACUCAAGGAGUGUGCAAUUAGGAUCCUUUUACUGUGUCGUAUGAAACACUCACUGGGGCACCACACUGCUCUUAGAUCACACAUACAAGGGCUCCUGCAGGGAAUCUGGGUAUCAGAUUGUUCAGUUCAGCUUCUUGGAAAACAAAGCAUCUUGGCCCAGCCCUGUUGAACUUGUGUUGGGCCCCUCGCAUCUGAAACUUACAGACUAGCUAGCGUACCAUACUGGUGCUCAGUCUCCUCCUCUGCACCUGGAGGUUUUUCACACAUGGCUCUAUACCUCGGGGGUAUCUGUCGAGCGAAUCUGCUUCACAGCAGAUUCAAGGCAUUUUAAUGUGAGGGAUUAGAUGGACCAUCCACAUAGCCAUUGGCACCUCCAUCAACUCCUUUGGAGGAAGCAGAAGCCCUGGAGGUUUUUUGCUGCUGGAAGUAAAGGAUUUUUUUUUACCCUGGACAUAACUCAGGCUAAGCCAGAAUUUGCAGCCUCCAUUCAGGGAGAAUCAAAAUCCUGUCUGUCCUGGUCCCUGAUAGCCCGCAGGGAGGUUGGGUUAAAUCCAGCGAAUAUGUGGAAUGGCACACUCCAGUCAGGAGUGGAUUCAAGGGUAAAGCCCUGUUUGUAAAACCUCCACUCUUCUUUUCAUAGGAAGAACUUCAGUGGAAGUACCUUCUCUUCAUAUUCUCAAUUAAGAAUAGACAACUAUUGUCAUAGCCAAAUUAAAUAUCAGUAGUUGUAUAUUUACAUUUCAAUGCAGUUCAGGCCAGAAAUGCAGAGUAUGCACACCAUGUGGAUGCCUCUGAAAAUUGCCCUUAUGUGCUUCAGUUUCCCCCUUCUUCCCCAUAGUAUCAGGAAGACUCAUGUUUUCACAUAAUGAUAGCCACAGACUGAGUGUGGUGAGCGAUGUGAAAUUCGGGGGCGGGGGCUAAAAAAAGUGCACACAGUGGGAACCCCCCCCACACACACAUUUUUUGGGUGGGGUGGUGAUGGUGUUUUUCUUCGUGCCUUCACAUCUCUAAGUGUAGUGAUGGAGAGGAGAGCUGGUCUUGUGGUAGCAAGCAUGACUUGUCCCCAUAGGUAAGCAGGGUCUGUCCUGGUUGCAUAUGAAUGGGAGACUUGAUGUUUGAGCACUGCAAGAUAUUCCCCUCAGGGGCUGAAGCCGCUCUGGGAAGAGCAGAAGGUUUCAAGUUCCCUCCCUGGCGUCUCCAAGAUAGGGCUGAGAGAGAUUCCUGCCUGCAACCUUGGGGAAGCCGCUGCCAGUCUGUGAAAACGAUACUGAGCUAGAUAGACCAAUGGUCUGACUUAGUAUAUGGCAGUUUCCUAUGUUCCUAGUGGCCUGCCCCCUCAGGUUUAUUUUAGACACCACUUCCAGAUUGUUCAGCAUGUAUUUAAAAAGUCACUCUCUCACCCCUUUACUUGAAGAAUUUUUUUAAAAAAACCUACUCAGGCAUUAUUCUGUCUUAUUGUUCACUAAUGAAAUUAAAUAACAUUUAAGCAUAAUAGGAUACUUGUACUUAGGUUCUGGGUACAGGGCAGCAUUAUAUUAUAACACUGGGAGUUCACUUGCUUCCAUUCCACAUUAUUAACUUUCGGGGCAGUGUAGCUUAUGAUCUAAUGACAUCAGAGGAUGAGUCUUCCUCUAAGUUACAGGGGAGCGGGGGAACUCAUUGGGGUGCUAUUUUUGGUGGCAUCACCAUAGGGCAUAGAACUUGAAGAUGCAGUUUCAGGGUAAGGCAGGACUGUUCCAUUACCGCAUUGUGGAGGUAAGACUGGACAUGUUUGCAGUCAUGAGGAGAUUACAAAUACAGAACGUUGCUACCACAGGAAGCACAAUGAUUGUAAAUGGUCUGUAUGUUUGGGUGGUUAUAGUUUUUGUAUUUCAGACCUUUUAAGCUGACUUUGACUGGAAAGGCAAGGUAUAACUGUUAAAACAAAAAAAAUGUAACAUGGCUGAUUUUUAGGUCUGAGAUCAGUGGCGUAACUGAUAGAGUUACGCCACUGAUAGAGACAGUAGAGCAAGGGGAGACAGUUAGAGCAAGGGGAGACAGUUGUCUGGGGGCCCACUGCCUUGGAGGGGCCCCCAGAGGCAAGUCACAUGACUGACUCCCCCAGCUGUGCACCCGCCCAGGCUUCCUUCAGUUGUAUUCAUCCUCCGAAAUUGAUGUGAGUGUGAAGACCUGGAGCUACCAGAACAGCAUGUCUUUCUCUAGUACCAUUCAAUGGCUUACAUCGUCCACAAUUUACAAAACCUUUUAAAAAAUAAUUUAGGAUGAUGUUCUAUUGUGGCAAAUAGGAGAGAGAGAUAUAAAUUUUUUACUAUGCUUUUUGUUACCACUAAUCAAGCCUCAUUUAAGAUUUCUUUACUUCAUGAGCUGAGCUUCGUGGGGGGGGGGGCAUUUUAAAAUCUUGUCUCUGGGCCCACUCCAAGCUUGCUAUGCACCUGUCUGAGAUGAUGGGAGGAUGCCUGCCUUUGGGACUCUUUAUUUGAUUUGCUUUAUUUGAUAAGCAUAGACAAAGAAUUUGGCUUGAGUGUCACAAAAAAUAUAGAAUAUGCUGCAUAUCCUUUCCUCCUUUCCUUCUCAAAGCAAAAAUAUAAGAUAAAAUCUGCUUGCAUUCCCAUUAUAUCUAAUCAAGUAAUGAGAGACAAGUGUAACGUGUAAACAAAUAAAUCAUUUGCUUGAAAAUGAUACUACAAAGACAAUUUCCCCCCUACAUAUUUUAAAUACACCAGAAAGUAAAUAUGUGCACAUAAAUUUAUUUAUUAUUUUUCUGUGUAAACCGCUUUGGAAACUUUUGUUGAAAAGAGGUAUAUAAAUUGUUGUUGUUGUUGAUAAAAGGAGCCGGGAAGACAGACCCUUCUUCUUCUACCUUUAUCCUUCAAAAAUGUUGAUUUGUUGAAAAAGCAGAAAAGGCAAGAAUGAAAUUUGAUCUUCAAGACAUAAUGCAUAUGCAUUCAUGCAAGACCCAUAAUUCAUGUUCCAGCAAUAAAUUAUUUAUUAUACAUAUUAAUUGCUGCAAUGUAAACAGUGAGGUUCAAGAUGAAUGUCCAUAGCAAAUUGAAAUGCUUGAUUUUUAAUUCACUGUAAAUGCAAAUGACUGGAAUAAAAAUGGUAUCCAUCUCUCCCAAAUAUA